AUGGCAGACUCAAAUACACUCCCCGUCAAUGGGGCUCCCAAUGGCGCGACAGCGCCAAUUACGCGCAGCGACAAUGACCGUUUCGAAUUGAUCUCCGGCCCGCUGAUAAAUCUGAAGAACAUGCACUACAAGUCCACCCCGAUGUGGCAUGGCAGUGUGUUGAUUGUCACCAAGCCAGGUCAGGACCAGCCUCAGCUCCACUUGCGCCAAUUGGCUCCUCUCUCGUCCGAGGGCCAGCACCAAUCCCCGACGAGUCAGACUAUUGAGGGUCUCAAACUCUACCAAGAUCUCCACAAGGCAUUCUGGCGAUUCUCGCUGAGUGUGCCGGUCCAGUCCUACGAAGCGAGCUGGGAAUACGAGAUCCCGGGAUUGUACAAUGAGUCGGGGGAGAAGGUUAACAGCCCCUGGACCUUUGUGGUGCCUGCGGAGGACCAGUCUAUGCGCAUCAUGUUCCACUCGUGCAAUGGCUUCUCUGUUGGUACCGACAUGGAGGCCUGGAAGGGGCCCAACCUGUGGCAUGACGUCCUGCGUGUCCACGGGGAGAAGCCUUUCCACGUCAUGGUGGGUGGUGGUGACCAGAUCUACAACGACGGUAUCCGUGUGGAUGGCCCUCUGAAGCCGUGGACUGCCAUUCACAACCCACACAAGCGCCGAACUCAUGACUUCAAUGGGAAGAUGCGCGCAGAGUGCGAUGAGUACUACUACGCCAACUACGUCCGCUGGUACAACACUGAGCCUUUCCGCGCUGCCAAUGGUCGCAUUCCACAAGUCAACAUCUGGGACGACCAUGAUAUCAUUGAUGGCUUUGGUUCGUACACUGAUCAUUUCAUGAAAUGCGCUGUGUUCCGUGGUAUUGGCGGUGUUGCCUUCAAGUACUACUGCCUGUUCCAGCAUCACGUGGCUCCUCCCAAGUCCACUUUCACCACCGAUGCGCCUGAGACUAUGCACGCCGUGAAUGGUACUUCCGGUGUGGACCCGCGCCAGCUGGAGAAUACCUUUGUGCUUGAAGGCCAGCCUGAGGAUGACAGCUGGAUUGUGGGUAAGCGACCAGGUCCUUACGUGGAGGAGCGCAGCCGCAGUCUGUACAUGCGUUUCGGAAAGCGCAUUGCUUUUGUCGGCCUGGAUGCGCGGACCGAGCGCACCCGUCACCAGGUGAACUACCAGGACACCUACGACCUCAUUUUCCAGCGAUUGCAGGAGGAGAUUGCCGCUGCCGAGGGCGAUAUUAAGCAUCUGGUUGUUCUGCUGGGUGUCCCUAUCGCAUACCCUCGUCUGGCGUGGCUUGAGAACAUCCUCACCUCUCCCAUCAUUGCUCCGAUUCGCCUUCUGAACAAGCGUUUCGGCGUGGCAGGCGGUCUCUUCAACGAUUUUGAUGGGCAAGUUGACUUGCUGGAUGACCUGGAUGAUCACUACACUGCUCGCCAGCACAAGCGUGAGCGAAAGAUGCUCAUUGAGCGCUUGCAGGAGCUUGCCCGUGCCAACUCAGUGCGAGUCACCAUUCUUGGUGGUGACGUCCACUUGGCUGCGAUCGGUCGCUUCUACUCUCACCCCAAGUUGAACUUGUCUGGUGAGAAUGAUCACCGCUACAUUGUCAACGUCAUCAGCAGUGCCAUCACCAACAAGCCACCCCCUAAGGCCGUGGCUAACCUGUUAGCCCGCCGCAACAAAAUCCACCAUCUGAGUCGUACCUGUGACGAGACUUUGAUGCCUAUGUUUGACAAGCAGCCCGGUGGCCUGGAAAAGAGUGCUUCUUGGAACAAGGUGACUAUGCCAUCGCGUAACUAUGCCUGUCUCACUGAAGUGGUCGCUCCCGCAGCCAACGGCACGCCCGUGGAAGUUGAGACCGCCAAGCUUGAACAACUUCCCAAGGACGGGCACGCACCCCUUCACAAGGGUGAGUUUGGAGCUGGAUCAACUCACUCGGCCGCCGAUGGCUUCACCUGUAACAGUAACAUGCACGGAGGCUUGGAUGUCGCCAUUCGUGUGGAGAUUGAUCCCCAGGACCUGCAGGGAACCACCGAAGGCUAUGGAUUCAGUAUUCCCCCUCUGACGGCCACUGCGCAGCCGCCUUCCUCCCGCCACAGCCUUCGCUCUCGUAUCUCGCGUCAUGAUGUGCGCCAUGAUGCUAUUCAACAAGAGGCAGCUGGACGUCCGUCGACUGCCCAUUAA